GAUGAAAAAAUCUUGUCGUCCUUGCUUCAGGAACAUGGAGAUGUCCUACAGGAACAAAGAGUUGCAAAAAAGCACAUGGGUUCCUGGUGAAAAAGUUGUGGAGAUGUCAGUAACAAAGGGUCCUCACUGGCAGCACUUUGGACAUCAAAAACAUGGCAAAAUGUUACUACAACCACAUGAAGCUCUUUUUCUUCUUGAACAGGGAUCGCUGGCACUGUAUUAUGGUGGACUUCCAAUGUCUUUUCAACAGGCCUAUAUGACUAUGCUCUCUGAUGGUUUCUCUCCUGAUUUCUAUUUGGUUUACACUUAUUUUCUGCGCUUGGGAUUCACAGUUCUAAGACAUCAAUCAAGAAAAAAACAUGGAUCAGACACACAGACUGAUAUGGUCAGCCCAGAGAAGAAAAAACAACAAGAAACUGUGACAUCUGUUGAAAGUGAAGGAAGUGUUGACACUGCUCAUGGUAAAGGUAGCAAACCACUGGCGUCAUCUCCUGUUACCCACCUUUGGACCAGUGAAGAUGGCUGUAGACCCCUUGUGAGGCCAGAGGAUGCCACCUCCACAGCUGCAGUUUUGUCCAAGCUACAAGUAAUCAAAAACCAAAGGAUGACUGAAGCUAAUGAUUUAAGCACAAAACAGCAAUCUCUUCAAAUAGCAUUUGAUGUUUAUCAGCCUGGGCUGAAUUUCAAGAAAUCAGAUCCAGGGACUCCAGACUUCUGUGUCUCUGUAUGCAGGUUUUGUGACCCUCCCCCUUCACUGGCGGUUAUGAGCGCUAUGAAAAAGGAAUGCGCUCGUGUUCCACUUAAAAUCGCUCUGGUAGAUGGAGGAAGUAUAUCUUUUUACAGUGUGCUGGAUGUCGACAGCCCCACAUAUAUCACGAGAGGUUAACGCGACUCGAAAACGUCACAACCCUACCAGCUAGCUCGGAUAACGGAAAAAAGGUGCUCAGAAAUGCCUGUGUGCAGUCGUUGUCAGUGGAUUUCAACUCGUGGCCAUGCCCUGAACUUCGCGUCGCACAAGCAAUGAAUUGUUUGAGAAAUUUCGACUUGCGAAUCUCGCAAUUUCAUAGAGUAUGUUGUUAGAAGAAAUUCUCAAACAGUGAAGAAUGUUUCGUUUCAUGUAAGGGACUAACUCCGCUUGAGCGGCUCCCAGUUUUCGUUGCAUGAUGCUCCUCCUUCCUAAUGUAAGGCAAUUAUCCCCCAGCAUUUCACGGUGUAAUCCUGUUUCGCUGAGAGUUCGUCGGUAUCCGCUCACACUUCAUGGUAGAAAGAAUCUGAAAUAUUUAAAUGAAUGGCCAAUGAACGAAACUAAUUAAGUUGCCUCCUAUAGUCUCGAACUCAUACCUAUUCAUCAAAAAAUUCAUUGUCUUUUUUCACACGAAUCUCAGUUCAGUCACGGCGAGUCUUGCAGUAACUUUUCUCUGGCCUCUGAGAUAAGGAGAAGAGUCCUUUCCAUUCACUUUCAGGAUGUAAGCAUUGCCGCAUGAGUGCGUUGCCUUGCCUGGAUCCUCGCCCGCUUCACUGCGGAUGGAAACUUUUAGGACAACUGUCACAAGAAAGCAAAAAAUAAAAGUCUUUAGUUUAAAGGAAGGAUGUGUCAAGUCAGAGAGGCAUUACGUUUACUUACAGCUCAGGAAUACUAGUUUCCCUCCCAGUCACGGCGUGAAGUGGCUGAAUGACACUUCUCUUCCUUGAUGGAUGCUAUUUUCACACACAUGAUGCUUUCCACACGAGGUUAAGCAUUUAUCUACUGAAUUUUAAUCAAGCCUCUUUUAAAUCUUUGGAGCCCAUGUCUAUCUCUGGGUUAAGAACGACGCUCAUUAAGUGAACAACUUGGCUUUUAAAAAAUGCAUUGCUGCGUUACAAACUACAAACCACGUUGCAAAAUCAAACUUGACUUCGAUAAAGUCAACUCUCUUGAUUCCUUUGUAUCAUUGCAGAAAAUCUCUUUCGUUUUCAAAUUUCAAGUGAAAAUUUUUUGCUUCAUCUCCCCCAUUUGUAUUCUUCUGUUUUCACGCGCAGCGCGCGUUAUUUCACAAAUUAGCCAAUCACGUUAAAGAACUCUAACCCUGACAUUGGAAAACUGACGUGGACGCGUACUUUUAGUUUUCGCAGAGUUUUGGUUGUUUUUGAGCUCUCGUUCGCGUAAAUUUGUUACCCCUUUGCUUGGAAAUUUAAGAAGUUUCGGAGUUUUAUUUUAGCAAAAUGUU